UUGUUCUCUCCUACUCAUUCUCCUACCGGUCCCUCGGUUGCCUGCAUAGGUGCGUGUCCUGCAACUUUUCGGGAUCCGACCAGCUGUGCCCUGUGCGGGUCAUCGUUUGCGGAUCUGGACCGGGCGCAAGGCAGAUUGAGCAAACCGGGCGUGUGCACUCCGGAGGGAACGGGCCGCUAGUGGAGCUAGUUGGUAACUGAAGCCAGAGGGAGGCUUCAGCUGUGUUUUUCCAAGCCUGGUCGGCUGUGCAGUGGAGCCCAGGUUCCAAGAAUGUAUAUGCAGGUGGAGACACGCACCAGCACCCGCCUCCAUCUGAAGAGGGCUCCAGGCAUCCGGUCUUGGUCCCUGCUGGUCGGAAUAUUAUCCACGGGCCUGGCUGCUGCCUAUUACAGUGGAGAUAGUCUGGGCUGGAAGCUCUUCUAUGUCACAGGCUGCCUAUUUGUGGCUGUACAGAACUUGGAAGACUGGGAGGAGGCCAUUUUCAACAAGAGCACUGGGAAGGUCAUCUUAAAAACAUUCAGCCUCUACAAGAAGCUGCUGACUCUUCUCAGAGCAGGCCACGAUCAAGUGGUGGUCCUGUUGAAAGACAUCCAGGAUGUGAAUGUGGAGGAGGAAAAGGUCCGUUACUUUGGGAAGGGCUACAUGGUGGUGCUCCGGUUUGCAACAGGCUUCUCCCACCCCCUCACUCAGAGUGCAGUCAUGGGCCGACGAAGUGAUGUGGAAGCCAUUGCCAAACUCAUCACUAGCUUCUUGGAGCUGCACCGUCUGGAGAGCCCCUCGGAACGGUCACAGAGCAGUGACAGUGAACCUGAUGGCCCUGGUGGCCAGAGCUGACAGUGUGGACUGGCUGCUGGUAAAUGUUACCCACUUCUGAUGCAUCUCCAACUGACUUGACAAUUGUAAGGAUACAGGCAGAUCUUGGGCACCCACCUGUGCCUUGGGCAGUUCUACUAUGGGCCACCUGCCUUUUGCUUGUUUACGCUUCUACACUUUGCAGAACCUUGGGCUAGACCUCUGCUACAACCCAGAAAGGUUGAAUCUCUCAGGAUGCAGGGUGUGGAUGCUACAUCUAGGGGAAGGGCCAGGUCUCAGAAAUGAGUGCCUUCUCCAGAGUUACUCUGCAGCUCUGGGCUGGGCAGCGCAGCCUGGUCUGGAUAAGCUCACCCGAGGGCAAUCUGAAGCAGAAGAUGCCAAGCUCUCUUCAGCAUAGGCCUAGUGCCUGCCUUGGAGACGCCUUGCCAUUCCAGGCUACUGUAAGCAAGACUCCAUUUCUAGUGAGUGAGACACCUACAUGCAUGUGGGUGGACCUGCUCCUGUUCACAGUGAUGUCUGCUCUCCCUGACUAUCCCUCAAGAUGGACACUCUCGGUGGUCAGGGGCUUUCCUGAAGGCAACUCUGGAUGCCGGACGCCUGGCUACAGAACUCUCAGAGGAAUCAGAGUGCUGUUGACUACCCAGUCCCUUCUUAGACCACUUGUCUGAGAGCCCAGCAGUGUUGGAGCCCAGCUGUCAGGAAUGGAAGGCUCUCCCAACCCAACCUGGGAAGAAACUACUGGUGGAGGAAAGGUCACCUCUUUUGGCAUCCUUCAGCCUUUAAGACCCGGGGGAUCCUUUAUAGAAACUAAGUCUUAGCUUUUCGAGCCUUGAAAAGACCUGAAGAAAAUAGGCAUGUGGAGACAGCCCAAUAAAUCCCAGUGUUGAGAAGUGCAGCGGGAAGAACGUUCAAGGCCAGCCUGGGCCAUGGCCUCUUCUAAGAAAAGUUGGUACCAACCACUAAUGGUCCUUUUCUGCUCUUCUAGUCUCCUUCUGAGUGGACUCAAGUCACUCAAAAGUACAUUGUUUACUAAGUUCCCAGCCUGGCCUCUAGGCCUAGAAGCUGUGGGUCGCUGGUCUACACAGUUCCUCAAAGCUGCAUACCCAUACCUCAUCAGGUAGAACUGGGGAAUUGAAGAGUUAUAUAGACAGAGGAGUUAAGGCAGCCUGGAGGCCACUGUACCUAGGCUGAACACAGUAGUUAGGCAAGAACUAUGAACAGGUCUUCUGAAGUGACUGCCACUAGUCCUGACUUGGGGAAUAUGGUCCCUUGAACAUGCCAAAGUGAGCUUUUUAAGUGGUUAAGUUAGAUUUCUCUCCCCAGAUGAAACGUGAACUAUAGCUUGUUGGUUUUUGGCUUGUUGCCUAUCGACUCUUAAGGUACUUUAGACAAGAGAGGAAGGUGUCUGAGGUGCUGUCAUAGACUCACUCCCAGGUGACGGCAUUCAAUUCUCUAUGGUGGUAAAAAGCUGAUUAGAAGCCGGGCGUGGUGGCGCACACCUUUAAUCCCAGCACUCUGGAGGCAGAGGCAGGCGGA